AAGAGGAGUAUUUGUAGCAAAGUUAGCCGCUAUACAUUUAAUUAUCAUUAAAGUCUCCAAAGCGGAACCAGAAAACCGAUCUUUGGGUGUAAGCAGGUGGUGACCGCCGACAAUGGCGGCCCCGCCACCCCCUCCGUCUUCAUCGCUUCCUUCAACCAAAUCCCUCAAACUGCGACUCUUUCACUCUCCACUUUCUCUUCCCUCGAACAACAACAGCGCUUUCUGCUCCAAUUCGAGACACUUGACUCUGCGGUGUGAGAUCAAAAGCUUCGACAGCCACCGUAACUGGACAAUUGAGCGCGUCUCCGACAUGAGCAACAAAGACUCCAUUCACAACACCAACAACAACAACAACUCUUCUUCUUCUUCUUCUUCUUCUUCUUCUUCAUUGCUCUCCGCCUCUGCUGCUAGCUCCGCUUCAGGGCUUCAAACCAAGAAUGCCAAGAAGGUUGUGCUGUUUUACUGUCCUGAAACCAAAGCUCUUGCUGAUAAAAUCGCUGCUGAUUCUGAUGCCAUUGAACUUCGCUCCAUCUCUUGGGGCAAGUUUCCUGAUGGCUUCCCAAACAUCUUCAUUCCGAAUGCUCAAGGCAUUCGUGGGCAGCAUGUAGCUUUCCUGGCCUCUUUCAGCUCACCUGCAGUAAUCUUUGAGCAGAUUCCUGUCAUUUACGCGUUGCCAAAGUUGUUUGUUGCAUCGUUUACCCUUGUUCUUCCGUUUUUCCCAACUGGCACUUCGGAACGUAUGGAGGAUGAAGGAGACAUUGCCACUGCUUUCACUUUGGCCAGGCUUUUGUCAAACAUACCGAUUUCUAGGGGAGGGCCUACAAGUUUGGUGACAUUUGAUAUUCAUGCCUUGCAGGAGAGAUUUUACUUUGGUGAUAACAUUUUACCAUGCUUUGAGAGUGGCAUACCAUUGCUUAAAAGAAGGCUUCAGGAUCUCCCUGAUUCUAACAACAUAUCAAUUGCCUUUCCUGAUGAUGGUGCUUGGAAACGGUUUCAUAAGCAACUGCAGCAUUUUCCAACGGUAGUUUGUGCAAAAGUUCGGGAAGGUGAUCAACGGAUAGUCCGUAUUAAGGAGGGAGAUCCUAAGGGCCGGCAUAUUGUCAUUGUUGAUGAUUUGGUUCAAUCAGGUGGAACCCUGAUAGAAUGCCAGAAAGUUUUGGCGGCUCAUGGAGCAGCAAAGAUUAGUGCUUAUGUGACUCAUGGCAUAUUUCCAAAUAAAUCAUGGGAACGCUUUGGACAUGAUGAUGGGGGGCAUCCAGAGACUGCAUUCACUUACUUCUGGAUCACAGAUUCAUGCCCAUUGACAGUGAAGGAGGUGUUGAAUAGGCCACCAUUUGAAGUUCUCAGCCUUGCAAGCUCUAUAUCAGCCAGUCUCCAAAUCUGACAGAAAUGUAGUAUCCUCAAAAUAAAAUGGACAAGAGAAAUAAAGACCCGGUUAAGGUUAUUAGUGAUAGUCAAAGUCGAGCUAUUUUAGUGAGCGGCUUAUAGAGAAACUAAUACUUGCGAUGCAAGAGAAUAAAAGACGGCAAAAAUUUGUUCAUCUGUAAUACAGUCUCCCUUCUUGACUUUAUCAUAAAGUUGUGCUAAGGUUAUUUCUGCAACAUCUUCAAGUUGCUUUCAUGCUCGAAUCUGUUACUUAAUGAUAACUCAGAAUAUUAUUGUGC